AUGCGCGAGUAGGAGUACCAGAUGGCCCAAUCAGCUAUUUUACCAGACGCCCAAAAACCUGAGUGUGAUUUCCAGAAGAUGGCGACCGCGCUGGUGGUGUCAACUUCAGUCCCUGCUAAUCCUGAAAAGGAAAAAUGUGAAACAACCACUCCAAAAGUUAUGAGUCCCGAAUCAUACAUCAAGCAUCCUUUACAAAACAAGUGGGCUCUUUGGUUUUUCAAAAACGACAAAAGCAAAACAUGGCAAGCCAACCUUCGUCUCAUCUCAAAAUUUGACACCGUGGAAGACUUCUGGGCAUUAUACAAUCACAUUCAGCUGUCAAGUAACUUGAUGUCUGGCUGUGACUACUCGCUGUUUAAGGAUGGGAUUGAGCCGAUGUGGGAGGAUGCACGGAAUCGACGAGGUGGCCGCUGGCUGAUAACUCUGUCCAAGCAGCAGCGUAGAGCAGACCUGGAUCGGUUCUGGUUGGAGACGCUUUUGUGUCUUGUGGGUGAAGCUUUUGGCGACCACAGUGACGACGUGUGCGGAUCCGUCAUCAACGUCCGAGCCAAAGGAGACAAAAUAGCAAUCUGGACCACAGACUAUGAAAACAAAGAUGCCAUCACACACAUAGGGCGCGUGUACAAAGAAAGAUUAGGCGUUCCACCUAAAGUGAUCAUCGGAUACCAGUCACACGCAGACACGGCCACAAAAAGCGGCUCCACGACCAAGAACAAGUUUGUUGCCUGAGUAACCAGAAUCACGCCUUUUUUUCUGUUCCUUAAUGGUUCUAUGAAUGUAACUGACAUGUUUACCCACUAACAAACAUUUAAAGUGGAGAUAAAGAUGUUUCCUCUCCGUUUGCCUAUUUGUUGCCACUUGACCAAAGUUUUGUUUACGGUGAGAGGAUGUGAAGUUAAAAUGUAGCACUGUUGUCUGUUGAUAUUUUUGUGGUGGUGUGGGCUGAAGAUGAGCAAAAGAUGUUUUGAUGCCCAGAUUUUGUUUUCACACGCAGCUGCAUAUUUGUGAAGAAUUUAUUUUAUUUAUACUCCCUUUAGUGUAUGCCUAUUAUUUUCUUAAAGUACUUCACAUUAAAGGCAAAAAAUGAAGUAAAACAAUUUCUACUUUGAUAUAAACUGUAGCUCUUUAUUAGUACUGUCUAUUUACAAUUUAAAUGUAUGGAUUUGUUUUACAAUUAGUUGCACAAUGAUAUUUUUUAAACCAUACAUAACCUAUCUUCUAAAAGAGAACAGAACAAAUUGAUUAAAAAAAACAAACUUUAAUUAAUCAGUCAGAAGUUUGAUCGUCAAUGUGCAGUUUUUCAGUUUGACACGUUAUUUAAAAGUCACCGUUUCCAUCGUUGCUAAUCGGUCUUUGUUCAAACUGAUUAGUUUCUUCUGAAGCAGCUUGUCCACAUGUAAAGACGUGAAUUUGAAAUAUUCACGAUUUUGAAGAGAAGGAAACAUAUUUAAAGACACUUUAACUACGUUAAACGUUAACAACAAAUUUCUUGCAAAAAUUGGACCAGGACAAAUAGUAACUUUGUGCCUCAGAUUUAUCACUUGAGCUAAUGUGAGCCGCCCAUACCUGAGCUCCUGAUACACUUUUACCUCUUAUGAAUCUUUAGAGUUUUGAGUUUCAGAGCACAGAAAGAUGUCAGUGAUAAAAACAGCAUUUUGUAUCACAGUGUGUCUUAAUAAUGACAAUAUUGUUUUUCAUGUCUACUUUUUUUACUUAUUAGUGCACAAGCCAUAUUACAGCGUGCAAUGUUCAGUCAAGAAGUUUACUUGUGAGUUCAGUGUGAGUUUUUGUGAUCUACUGGUUUACGUAAUUAUUUCCACUACAGAUUUUGUUUUGUUUGUGGCAAAAAAUGUAGUACUUUGGAGGGAUUGAACCGUGCCUUGAAUGCAACACCCUGCCCUAUAUUUCUGAGCAGUAAAUGUACAGAGACGGAAAAUAAAUAAAACAUGGACAGUGAA